AUGUCUAACGACGAUUACUACGAAGAAGACCCAUAUGGGUUUGAAGAUGAAUCAUCUCCAAUCACAGCUGAAGAUUCAUGGGCUGUCAUUUCGUCCUUUUUCCGUGAAAAGGGUCUAGUGUCUCAACAACUGGAUUCCUUUAACCAAUUUGUGGAUUAUACAUUACAAGAUAUUAUUUUUGAAGAUUCCACUCUUAUUUUAGAACAAAUUGCCCAACAUACAACAGAACAAGAUAACAUCAGUAGAAAAUACGAGAUUAGUUUUGGUAAAAUUUAUGUCACCAAACCCAUGGUCAAUGAAUCUGAUGGUGUUACUCAUGCUCUGUACCCACAAGAAGCACGUUUACGUAACUUGACAUACUCCUCUGGUUUGUUUGUUGAUGUCAAGAAGAGAACCUAUGAGGCUGUUGAUGUCCCUGGUAGAGAACUAAAAUAUGAGUUAAUCGCUGAAGAAUCCGAAGAUGAUAGUGAAAGCGGUAAAGUAUUUAUUGGUCGUCUACCUAUUAUGUUAAGAUCUAAAAAUUGUUACUUGAGUGAUGCAACUGAAUCUGAUCUUUAUAAAUUAAAGGAGUGUCCAUUCGAUAUGGGUGGUUAUUUCAUUAUUAACGGUUCUGAAAAGGUUCUUAUUGCACAAGAACGUUCAGCUGGUAAUAUUGUUCAAGUUUUCAAGAAGGCUGCUCCAUCUCCUAUUUCUCACAUUGCUGAAAUUAGAUCUGCAUUGGAAAAAGGUUCAAGAUUUAUUAGUACCUUACAAGUUAAACUUUAUGGGCGUGAAGGUAGUACCUCUCGUACUAUCAAAGCCACUUUGCCAUAUAUAAAACAAGAUAUUCCUAUUGUUAUUAUUUUCAGAGCCUUAGGUAUUAUUCCAGAUGGUGAAAUUCUAGAACAUAUUUGUUAUGAUGUCAAUGAUUGGCAAAUGCUAGAAAUGUUAAAACCUUGUGUAGAAGAUGGUUUCGUUAUUCAAGAUCGUGAAACUGCUUUAGAUUUUAUUGGUCGUCGUGGUACCGCUUUAGGUAUCAAAAAGGAAAAGAGAAUUCAGUAUGCUAAGGAUAUCUUACAAAAGGAAUUCUUACCUCACAUUACUCAAUUAGAAGGUUUUGAAAGUAGAAAAGCAUUUUUCUUGGGUUACAUGAUUAAUAGAUUAUUAUUGUGUGCUCUAGAUCGUAGAGAUCAAGAUGAUCGUGAUCAUUUCGGUAAGAAGAGAUUAGAUUUAGCCGGUCCAUUAUUAGGUCAACUGUUUAAGACAUUAUUCAGAAAAUUAACAAAAGAUAUUUUCCGUUACAUGCAAAGGACCGUCGAAGAAGCUAAUGAUUUCAACAUGAAACUUGCUAUUAACGCAAAAACUAUUACAUCUGGUUUGAAGUACGCCCUUGCUACUGGUAACUGGGGUGAACAAAAGAAGGCCAUGUCUUCCAGGGCGGGUGUUUCUCAAGUUUUAAAUCGUUAUACUUAUUCCUCUACUUUAUCACAUUUGAGAAGAACAAACACACCGAUUGGUCGUGAUGGUAAAUUAGCCAAACCUCGUCAAUUACAUAACACACAUUGGGGUCUUGUUUGUCCAGCUGAAACUCCUGAAGGUCAAGCGUGUGGUCUAGUUAAGAACCUAUCGUUAAUGUCCUGUAUUUCUGUCGGUACCGACCCAACGCCUAUCAUCACAUUCUUAAGUGAAUGGGGUAUGGAACCACUGGAAGAUUACGUUCCUCAUCAAUCUCCUGAUGCCACAAGAGUCUUUGUUAACGGUGUGUGGCACGGUGUUCACAGAAACCCAGCUAGAUUGAUGGAAACCUUAAGAACUUUAAGAAGAAAAGGUGAUAUCAAUCCAGAAGUUUCCAUGGUUAGAGAUAUCCGUGAAAAGGAAUUAAAAAUUUUCACAGAUGCCGGUAGAGUUUACAGACCUUUGUUCAUUGUCGAAGAUGACAGUGAAUUAGGUCAUAAGGAACUAAAGGUGAGAAAGGGACACAUUAACAAAUUGAUGGCUACAGAAUAUCAAGAUAUUGAAGGUGGUCUUGAUGAAUCAGAUGAAUAUACUUGGUCUUCCUUACUAAGUGAAGGUUUAGUUGAAUAUAUUGAUGCAGAGGAAGAAGAAACUAUUCUUAUUGCCAUGCAACCCGAAGAUCUUGAACCUGCUACCGAAGAAGCAAACGCAGCAAUAAAUGAGAUGGACCCAGCUAGACGUAUCAAGGCAGUUCAACAUGCUACUACAUUUACACAUUGUGAAAUUCAUCCUUCUAUGAUUCUUGGUGUUGCAGCCUCUAUUAUUCCUUUCCCAGAUCAUAAUCAAUCUCCUCGUAAUACAUAUCAAUCUGCUAUGGGUAAACAAGCUAUGGGUGUGUUUUUGACCAACUACAACGUCCGUAUGGACACGAUGGCUAAUAUUCUAUACUAUCCACAAAAACCACUUGGUACUACUCGUUCCAUGGAGUAUUUGAAAUUCAGAGAAUUGCCUGCUGGUCAAAAUGCUAUUGUCGCCAUUGCAUGUUAUUCAGGUUAUAACCAAGAAGAUUCAAUGAUUAUGAAUCAAUCAUCAAUCGAUAGAGGUCUUUUCAGAUCUCUAUUUUUCAGAUCAUACAUGGACCAAGAGAAGAAGUACGGUAUGUCUAUCACCGAAACUUUUGAAAAGCCACAACGUACAAACACAUUGAGAAUGAAACAUGGUACGUAUGACAAGCUUGAUGAUGAUGGUUUAAUUGCUCCUGGUGUCAGAGUAUCCGGUGAGGAUGUGAUUAUCGGUAAAACUACACCAAUUUCCCCAGAUGAGGAAGAAUUAGGUCAAAGAACCGCAUACCACUCUAAACGUGAUGCCUCUACUCCAUUGAGAAGUACCGAAAAUGGUAUUAUUGAUCAAGUACUUGUCACAACUAACCAAGAUGGUCUAAAAUUUGUUAAAGUUCGUGUUAGAACUACAAAGGUUCCCCAAAUUGGUGAUAAAUUUGCAUCUCGUCACGGUCAAAAGGGUACUAUUGGUAUUACCUACCGUAGGGAAGAUAUGCCAUUUACAGCUGAAGGUAUUGUUCCUGAUCUUAUCAUCAAUCCUCAUGCUAUUCCAUCUCGUAUGACUGUGGCGCAUUUAAUCGAAUGUUUAUUAAGUAAAGUUGCUGCGUUAUCCGGUAAUGAAGGUGAUGCAUCUCCAUUCACUGAUAUCACUGUUGAAGGUAUUUCCACAUUAUUACGUGAGCAUGGUUACCAAUCUCGUGGUUUCGAGGUUAUGUAUAAUGGUCAUACUGGUAAGAAGUUAAUGGCUCAAAUUUUCUUUGGUCCAACAUAUUAUCAACGUUUAAGACAUAUGGUAGAUGAUAAGAUUCAUGCUAGAGCUCGUGGUCCAAUGCAAGUUCUAACGAGACAACCUGUUGAAGGUAGAUCUAGAGAUGGUGGUUUAAGAUUCGGUGAAAUGGAACGUGAUUGUAUGAUUGCUCACGGUGCCGCUGCGUUCUUAAAGGAAAGAUUAAUGGAAGCAUCAGAUGCUUUCAGAGUGCAUAUUUGUGGUAAUUGUGGUUUGAUGUCGGUUAUUGCAAAGUUAAGUCAUAACCAAUUUGAAUGUAAGGGUUGUGAAAAUAAGAUCGACAUUUACCAAAUCCAAAUUCCAUAUGCUGCUAAAUUGUUAUUCCAAGAAUUAAUGGCAAUGAAUAUUACACCUCGUUUAUACACUGACCGUUCAAGGGAUUUCUAA